AGUGUUACUUGAUAAACUUCUUGUAACGCACGCGCAUUUGAUCUGUUUGUUGAACAUGGCAGUUGUUUUAUUAAUCAUGUCUGCUAAUAUAGCACAACAAUUAUCAAAAUGAAAUGAAAUAUUAAAUAUUUGUAAAAUGAAUACAAAAUUUGAUUAUUCGGUUAAAGAAUUGUUAUAUAUCUGUUAUUAUCUAUUAUUAUGUGAACCUAUAAGUACCGUAAAAAACUACUAAGUAGUGAGUGAUAUAAAUGCGCUCGGCUAUUAGCGUUAUUUUGUCGAGUCCAGUACCCGACAACAAGAUGUCUCAUCCCGAUUACGAGCAAACUGCACAUGAUCAUGCAGCAUUGCUUUUACUUUUGAGACCUAUUGGUACACAAAUCAAACAAAAGACUAUUACCAGGUUAUGUGAACGGAUAAUUAAAACAGGCAGUAGAUUUUCUGUGGCUGAUUCUACUGGUGGAACACGUGAAAUUCUUGCUAGAUUCGUUAGGGAACAUCCUGUUGAAAAUAAUGAUUGGGGAGAUUUCCAAACUCACAGAAGAUUAUUAGGAUUAAUUACUUUUGGCAAAUAUGACAAUCAAGCAGAAUUAAAUGAGCUAUGUAGAGUUCAUGAAACUUUAAAAGUGAAAUACAGUGCAACAUUAUAUGAUUCACGUGCUAUUCUUUUUGGACCAUUAGAAUCAAAUAAUGUACACGAACCACCAACAUCAUUUAGUACACCUUUAAAUUUUAAAACUAGAGCAGUAUUUUAUACAGAUGAGACAUGUCCUGAUCUUGAAGUUCAUGUAAUGGAGUGUUUAAACUCUUUAUUCUGGAUUUUAGAAUCUAAAAGAUUAGAAAGAUCUAGAGAAAAAAUAGACAGAGUGUCCCUUUUGUUGGCACCAUUUGAAAAAAAAGAUUUCAUAGGAUUAGAUCUGGAAUCUAGAAAUAAUAGAAAAAGAUGUGUAGGCCGUAUGACAAAACAUUUAGGUGAUUUGUGUCUUCAAGCUGGUCUACCAGCAGAUGCCUUGAGUAAUUAUAAUUCUGCAGCUAGUGUAUUACAAGCUGUAAAUGAUUGGUUAUGGCUAGGAGCAGCAUUUGAAGGUUUAUGUGCUGCAUCUGCUUUAGUGCUAUAUCCAAAUAUGUGUAGAAGUCUUCCAUUACAAAGAAAUUCUUCCCUUCAAGAAGGUAGUCCAGGUAAGCAAAGAAGAGGUUCACAAGCUAUAGCUACUUUACUAUCACCACCAGCUAUAGAAAUAGUAAAAAGUAAUAUGCCACAUAUUUUACUACCUGAAGAAAUAUCAAAAAAAUAUCGUGAGGCAAUAGUUCAUUAUAGCAAAUAUCAAUAUGCUGGAAUAAUUGAGACAGAAGCUAGCUUUAAAGCUACAAGAAUUUCAAUAGAACAAAAUUGUACUUUACAAGCUGCUUCUUAUUUAAAUAAUGUUAUACUUAUAAACUUGCCAUUGAGUGAGCAAGAAAAAAUUGAUCGGUUUACCACAUUAUCAGAUUUAUACACAAGUUUUGGUUUUAUAAGAAAAGCAUCCUUUUGCUUAAGAUUAGCUGCAACGCGACAUGUAUCUCAAAAUAAUCCUAAUCCAGAUUGGCAACAAUGUUAUAAUUUGAUGCUACAAGCUACUUCUGGAUUUAAAUUAUCUUUAGAUCCAGUUGAUAUGUCUCCUGAAUGUCAUAGAGGUUGGCCUAUUAUUCAAAUUCAAGUAAUAAAUGAACUUGUUACUGCUGCUAAUCGUAUGGGUAAUCCAGCAUUAGCAACAAGACAUAUGACAUUCUUACUUCAAACAAUGUAUAAUUAUUUAACUCCUAACGAACGUAAAGAAACUGCUUUGCAACUUCAAAAUGUAUCUCAACAAUGCGAAGGCGCUCCUGUACCUCUUGUUUUAGAUUCUGGUACAGUUAUACCUCCUGCUAAUUUAACGAAUAUUCCGAAAACUAAAUCAUUUAUUUUAAAAAAUAUGCAACCGCAUCUUCAACCUCAAAAAAUCGAAAGAGUGAAAGAAGAUCAUGGUCCAUUUUUAUUUACACCAAUUAAUUUCGGAUCAUUAGAAAGAAAAAAUAUAUCUAAAAGUAAAGUUGAUUAUUUAUGGGUAGAAGGUGAUAUUUGCGAAGUAUCGAUGCAACUUAUUAAUCCUUUGCCGUUUGAACUUCACGUUUCUAACAUGAGACUCCUUACAAACGGUGUAGUAUUUGAAUCAAUUCCUGAAAGUAUUACACUUCCUGCUGAAUCAGGACCAAUUGCGGUAACGUUAGCUGGCAAUCCUAAAGAAAUCGGAGAUUUAGAAAUUCUUGGUUUUAGUACGCAUACAUUGGGAGUGAAAUCAAAUUGUAGAUUAAGAUAUAUGGAGGAAAUGAGUCAUUCUCAAUAUACAGUUGAAGUAGUUCCAGCUUUACCGAGAAUAGAAGUAGCUACAAGUUUACCUCAAACUGCAAGUUUUUGUUCUGGAGACAAUAUAGUAACUAGUGCAAGUAUAUCAUUAUAUGGCGGAGAAAGUGCCGAAUGUACUAUAACAAUUAAAAAUAACGGUCAACUUCCUAUUGAAACAAUCGAAUUAUCAGUGCAAUCAACAUUAGACACAUUAACUGAAAGUAAAAUAUUUAAAUGGAAUGAUGAAAAUUUAAUGGCACAAUUACCAUUAAAACCUGGCUCUAAUGCUAGUUUUAUUUUAUAUUUAUAUGCAGCUACCGAUUUUAUAGCACCUACAUCUCGAAACGAUACUAGUAGUAGUACAUAUGUUAGUCAACCCAGCAGUUUAAUGUCUCAUUCAGGACAUAGUUCAUUACCAUCUAGAUUAAGUUCUCCGUCGCAUACAAAGAGACAAUCCGAAUUAACUUCCUCAUUCAGGUCAGGAUUAAGUUCUCAUUCGGGACAUUCUUCCUUAGCGAGUUCGCGUUUGUCUAAACUUGCAGUUCCAUUGCAUACCUCAAAUGUUAUUGAAGGUCAAUUAAAAAUAAAAUAUUCGGGUGGUGCAGGUUUAACGGCAGGUUAUUGUCGUAUUUCUUCAGUUUUUAUCACAGUUGAGAUGUUACCUAGUGUGCAAAUUACAAAUUGGGAUGUACUUCCAGCAGAAACACCAUCGCAAUUUUAUCUUGUAUUAGAUUUAACAAAUAUGACUAAUCAUGAAAUGGAAUUGUAUUAUACGGAAACUAAAUGUAUAUACAUGGAGGGAAAAGAACCUUGUAGAAUCCCUGUUCCAGUUGAUCGAUGCCCAUUGAAUAAAUUAUCUAUGGUAAUUAAAAAUAUUAUAUGUAAUUCUUUUUAUGAUAUAAUAAAAAAAUAUUUGUUUUUUUUUUAUAUUUUAUUAAUACAGUUAAAUGGAAAUGGUGAUAUCGGAGAACUUCAAAAAGUUUGUUCCGAACAUAUUGCAUCGUUGGUUGAUUUACGCUGGCAAUUAUUGGGCACAGAAUCGACCGGAAAAGCGACUCUUUCUGGCAUUACUCUUACCCAAGAUAUGUUAGAUCUCGUUAGAAUGAGUCCUCUACAAUGGGAGAUUAAAAUAAAUGAUACAGUUGUAAAGGCACAAGAUGAACUUACAUGUAGCUUAGGUGAAUGCGUUAGUGUCGGAAUAGGAAUAUGUAAUGCUUUAGAACAUCCAUUGAGUGAUCUUAUGUUAUCUAUUAAUUUUUAUCAAGAUCAUCAUAAUGGCGUGAAUAAUUAUCAAUUAGAAACAAGAUUAUCCAUUGCUGGUGCAAAUAAAAUUAUGCUUCCAGCAUUACAAGAAUAUGGAAGAAUUUAUCACGAAUGUCGUGUAGUAUUUUUUACAGCUGGUCAGUAUAAAAUAGAUAUUCAAUGUAGCAGUAAAGAAUCAGCUCCAAAUACACCAAUUCUUUGUUCAGAAUUAAUAAAUGCUGGACAUACUUGGCGUUAUAUACCAUCAAUAGAAAUCACAGUUGACGAUUAUUAAUAUAUAUAUAUAUGAAAUUAUUAAAUGCGUGAUUUUGUAAUAUUUAAUGAAAGGAAAA